AUGAGAGGCGUUUAUUUACUGACCUGUGCAGUCCUGCUGUGCGGAGUCCACGGACGGCUCCGGAACUCCACGGACUCCUCGGGGAUCCUGCAGCCGAGUGGGGAUCCUCUGAUCCGGGGCAGCUCCGCGUCCGGCGGACACAGGACGCGGAGGAGACGUUACAUCAGCCAGAGCGACAUGGUGGCCAUCCUGGACUACCACAACCAGGUCCGGGCCAACGUGUUCCCCCCUGCGGCCAACAUGGAGUUUAUGAUGUGGGACAAUGACCUGGCCCGGACAGCCGAGGCCUGGGCUGCCACCUGUCUGUGGGAACACGGACCCGCCUACCUGCUGCAGUUCUACGGUCAGAACCUGUCCGUCAGGACCGGAGGGUACCAGUCUAUCCUGCAACUGGUCAAACCUUGGUAUGAUGAAGUCAAUGACUAUGUGUUUCCAUAUCCUCACCUGUGCACACCCAGAUGUCCUCUUCUGUGUUACGCACCCAUGUGUACUCACUACACACAGAUGGUGUGGGCCACCACCAGCAGAGUGGGCUGUGCAGUUCACACCUGCUACAACAUGUUUGUGUGGGGAGCUGUGUGGAGAGAAGCCACCUUCCUCGUCUGUAACUACUCCCCUAAGGGUAACUGGAUCGGGGAGGCUCCUUACAGGGUGGGGGUUCCAUGUUCUGCCUGUCCAUCCAGCUAUGGUGGAUCCUGCAGCAACAACAUGUGCUUCCCAGCUGUCCAGUCCAACUACAUGUACUGGUUUAAGUGAAGAUGCAGGACAGUGAAGCUUCUGGAUGAAUCAUAUGUAACUGGAGAACACUUUUUCAACUCACAGAAAACAGCCAUCAGAUACUGCUCUAGAAAUGUAACCGACAAAGAAUGUUUCUGGUGAUACAAAGUUUGACAUUCUAUCCAGUAACCCUUGGGAUGUGAAAGGCAACACACUUAGGGUCAGGACUACUUUUGUGGUCACAGACCGGUGCUGAUGAGACCUAAAUAGAAUGUGCAAUUCACAAAGCACCUGCAAAGGGUUGAAUUCACCUCAAACUGUGCUGUGCAAAUAGCUUCAUGGUGCACCUGUGCCAUUUGCAUGUGAAUUAGGGUAUAUUUACACAUUCGGUGCUAGAUCAGUCUUUUUUUAUGUGUAAUUCACAAAGGAUCAUGUAGUUUCUUACAAGCAGUCAAACUGGUGCUAUUAAGAUUUGUAGGAAAUGUUUAAUAAUUGUGCACAAACUGAUCUGUCUUUUGAGUCUUGAACAUUGUGUGUACAUAAAUAGUGGCCGCCAUUUUAAAGCCAGUAAUUUGUGAUGUGGCCAUGUUGGCUUUUUGGAGCCACAAGUGACUAUAUAUAGACAAAAUAGACAGAACCAAGGGGUUAAAGGUGAGCUAAUCCUAAACACUAGCUUAUACAGUAAAAGAGUAAACUUCAUCAAGUCCUGUGGAAAAAAAGUCAUUUUAUGGUCUUACCAGUAAAACUUAUUAACCGCAACUUUUUUUAAGGAAAAAAAAGCAGUUUAUUAAACAAGUGGUUCCAGGCACAACAAUCCCCGCCCCUCGCAUGUAUUGUUGCUUAUUUUGGCAUCGAUCCAGCUGACUUCAUCGCGUCAGUGUGUGUGCUGAUGUCAGCGCAGACAUAGACAGCACAGACACAUUUCAGCCAUUAUAAGUAAAUGGGAAGAAAAAAAAAGAUUUUUAAAAUUCAUAAAAAAUUUUAACUUCGACCUACUUUUCCCCGAAUGUAAAGACAUCUAUUUUGGGUCACUGGUAAUCUAUAAACCCAAUUUAGUUUGAAUUCAACUAAUAGUUUUGCUGGUACAAACGUGAAAUUUUGCCUAAUAUAUGUAAAUUGGGGAAAAAAAAAAAAAGAUUUUAAAAAUUCAUAAAAAAUAGAAACUUUGACCUACUUUUCCCAAAAUGUAUUGACAUCUAUUCUGGGUCACUGGCAAUCUAAAAAU